AUGAGUGUAAAAUCGUUAGAAACAACUCCUUUGAUCACCACUACAGUUGUUCAAUCUACCUCUGAUAGCGAGGUGGAUAAAGAUUCCCAGGUUCAGUUUCCCAUCCAACCCGUCGACGCAGUAGAUGAGGACAUUUCUAUCUGGGAUAUACCCAAUAUCUUCAAGAUUGAACUUGCGCUGUUCACUAAUGUGUUUGUGGGAAGUUUUGAAGGAACUGUGACAUCAUCCACGUAUGCGAUUAUUAGUAACGAGUUUGAUGCGGUGAAUAUUGGUUCGAUUAUUACUAUCGCUUAUCUGAUCACCAGCACAUCUUUCCAGCCACUUUAUGGAUCACUUUCAGACGUUUUGGGAAGAAGGUUCAUGUCUUUCUUUGCUAUCGGGGUUUUCUCUGUGGGAAGUUUGUUCUGUGGUUUGGCUCGUGACAUUUACUCCCUGUUUUUAUUCAGAGCCAUCACUGGAAUUGGUGGGGCUGGAAUCAUCUCAAUGUCGACUAUCAUCAACUCUGAUGUCAUUCCAAGAAAAAAGAGAGGUUUGUUUCAGAGUUUCCAGAACAUUAUGCUUGGUGUCGGAUCUAUUAUUGGGGCCUCAUUGGGAGGACUAAUUUGCGACACCAUAGGUUGGAGAUGGUGCUUCAUCAUUUUGUUGCCCAUGUCCCUUUUGUCAUUGGUUCUUACGUACCUUUACGUUAGCAACCCUCCACAUCAUCUCAGUGGACUCAAAUUAAGUUCAGUUGAUAUCAAAGGGUCUGUUCUGUUGGUUGUUGGUCUCAGUCUGCAAUUGAUAGCACUAUACUCCAGGUCAUUACGUUUUUUCUUAUUUUUUUUAAUUUCCAGCUCUCUUCUGCUUUUCUAUUUCAUCUACGAUUUGAGCAAGAAUGACCCAAGCACCAUCAAAUUAAUACCUUGGGAAACUGUUAACAAACUACCCCAGUUGUUGACAUUGAACUUUGGAUUCAUCGUUGGAUUUGCCAACUUUGCCAACAUUUAUGUGUUACCACUUUUGUUCCAAUUAGUAUUGAAUGAUUCUGCCACAAAAGCUGGUCUUCGUCUGGCUAUCCCCUCCUUCUUUACAUCUGUUGGCGCAUUAAUCACGGGAUACGUGAUGAACAAGAAUGUGAAUCAUUUGAAUUGGCUGAUCAAGUUGGGAUUUGUGAUUCUCAUUUUGGGUACAUUUUUGAAUUCCCUGAUCACCCCUAGUCUCAAGAAGUACGUCAACUUUAUUAUCAUACCAAACAACAUAGGUCUUGGAAUUGCAUACCCUGCGUCAUUAUUCCUAUACAUUUUCCUUUUCCCCAAUAGUCUUCAAGCAUCAUCGACUACGACCCUUUUACUCGCAAGAGGUGUUGGACAAGUUUGGGGAAUGGCUGGAGCAUCGGUAGUGGUUGCCCACUUGGUUAAAUUCAAGCUAUGGCACGUACUAGCUGAACAUAAGAAGGACUUGGACUUGACUGAUUCUCAAAUAGCAGACAUAAUUGAGCAGUCUUCUAAAUCAUUGACUUACGUCAGACAUCUUCCAGAGAACAUAGCUGUCUUCGUUCAUAGCAGUUAUAAAGCAGGAUUAUGGGGAGCACAGAUGGUUUCCAUUGCUGUUCUAGUUCUUGGUCUUUUAGCUUCGAUUUUUAAAGACUUUUCAUCGAAGGCUGGUAAGAAGUUCGUGAUCUAA